AGGACAUAUCACCUAGAGAUUAUACAGCAGCCAGAGAUGUCGGCCGAAUUUGGCUCAGCUGCGCUAUCUCGUCUUCCGUUAUCGCCGCCUCUAAUCGUGCAGCUGAUCAUCCGGGACUUUCGAGGGAACAUAGUAGAGAACGAGCCUGAUCUGCCAUUCAUGAUUUCUCACUUGUCGCUCCAUGGCGCUGAUGGCUCGGGACCACUUGAGUUACCGCAAAACGGACAUUUCCCUCCAAACAGAUUACUUUAUGGAAAUCUUGUAUCUUCACCCCACAACAUGCGCAAUCUGCAAGGCCGUGCGGGGGUGUAUUUUCUUUUCCCAGAUGUUAGCGUGCGCCAGCGUGGGCGGUAUUCCUUGCAGGUGACUCUGAUGCGGUUAUCG